AUGUCCGCCUUGAACGGUUUCGCAGCCAACGGGGUGGGCGGCGGUCCCGGUCUCAAGUCGACCGUCAGUGAGGACGCCGCUUCCGCGUACAUCAGGGUCCGCAACCUGAACCUUGGCACUAGCAACGCUGGUGGCAAGGGAAGGGUCAUCGCGGUCAAGAACAUCAAGACCUGGAUGCGGAAGAUGGGCUACCCCACUGAGGUAGACAUCAGGGCCGCCGGCUUCGCUCUGGCCGACGCCUUCGACGGGCCCCAAGGCUGGCCGUUCGAGAGCAGCCUCUGCCGCCGCGUCAUCGACGCACUCCAGGAGGGCCGCCUCGACAGCGCCUCCUUCAAGGACAUGCUGCUCCUCUCGGCCUGCAGCGAUAGCGGCGACUUCGGCGGCGAGAUGCGGCCCCGCCGCACACGGUCCAACGGCAAUAUCAACAGGCUGCAGGAUGCCCUGUGCAAGGCCGUGCAGAACAAGCCGGCCUUCGCCUGGCGCCUCGCCCCCGUCUCUGCCGCCUGGAUCUCGGCCGCCGCCAGGGGCUACGACGUCUGCGCCGGGCUCUACAUCGCCCGGAUCUUGCCCGUGGUGAAGCAGUCGAGCAGCUGGCUGCGGACUGGCGAGACAGAGACCCAGAGGCUGCGCGACCUUGGGGAUCUUCUCCAGUUGCAGCGCGCCGGCCGGGGUGUCCCUGGCGCCUCCGCCCACGACCUGGUCAUAGACUGCUAUCUGACCGGGGGUCCCAGCUCGGUUGGGGCCGAGAGUGGGUACGUCUCUAGUCAGAGACGGCGUGCGGCGGCGGCGGCGGCGGCGGCGGCGGCUGCGAACCUUGGCCCGGCCCCAGCUCCGGCCCCAGCUCCGGCCUUGACUCCGGCUCCGUCCCCGGCCCUGGUCCCGGCUCCGGCUGUGGCCGUAGAGCUGGACCGGGAUGUCGCCCCGCUCGAGGGCUUUGACUGGGGUGCGGCCCUCGACGACCUCGGCCAGGACUUCGGCCUCGAGGCUCCCGCCCCGGCCGAAGGGCUCGACAAGGACUCAGCCCUGUUCGACGGCUUCGACUGGAACGCGGCCGUCGGCGACUUCAACCCGGACUUCGGUCCCGAUGAAGCCGCCCCCGCCGCCCCUGUCGUCCCGGCCCUCGACCUGGACUUCGACCUCGGCCUCGACCUCGUCCCGGACGUCACCGCGGACGCGGCUACGGGCCCGCCCGCAGACGCCGGGACCGAGCAGGAGGACGCGUUGCUCUCCACCCUCGGCGCCUGGCUCCAGCAGCAGGACAACUAG